UCACAACAGGUACAAACUGCACCAUAUAUAAGCAGUACCGAAACUUUGAAAAGCACAGCUAAACUUAAGCAGGUGAGAAGGUUUGAAUAACGCAACAAAAUCUAUAUCAGAGACGUCGAGAUUUUUUUCACAGAUUUUGCAACCAUUAGCAAACAAUACAGCGAAGAUGAACAUCGCUAUCGUUGCUAUAGUGAUAAUGAUUUCCGCGGUGCAGGGAUUCGAACCCAGGUGCCGCAAUUCUUUUGACGUCGUGAUGUCUCCCGAUUGCCGCACGUUGUACCGGUGUAUCUGGAGCAGACCAGAAGCUAUGCCAUCCUGUCCGACCGGUCAGUUGUUCAGCCGGACGUACAAGGUGUGCGUACCCGAAAACAGCAUAUAUGACGACUGUAAAGGCGUGUACACAGUUCAUGCAGACAAGGAUGAACCAUGUGAAGACAAGCCAUGUAAGAACGGUGCUACGUGUACGGGACUCGGGGACGACAAGGGCUACUACUGUACCUGUCCACCAACCCACACUGGGACCACGUGCGAAACAGUUGUCCAAGGAGUGUCCAUGUCCCUGCUGUGUGCUGCCAACCCGUCUCUGAUGAUACCCCAUCCCACGGAGUGUCAGCUUUACUACAACUGUAGCCACACCUACAACACCGUCCCACGCUACUUUGAACAACACAUGCAAGAGUGUCCCUAUCCUCAGCUGUUUUCCACUCACACUCACUCGUGCCAGGCGUUUGAGAAUGUCACUUGUGGAGCACGCACAGAACACAAAUCCGCAUGUAAAUACAUUUCAAACAAAUGCCCUGUUGCACAUUGCUACCCGUGUGACCUUACCCUCCCGAGUUGUGAGGGUCUUGAUGAUGGAAUUCACGCUCACGCGACCAAAGUCGGAUCACCCUACUUCAUGGUGUGCAAAUCAGAACGUACCGUGGAAACUGGCACGUGUCCAGUAGACGAGAAAACUGGCCAACCCACAUUUGUCAAGGAUGGACAGUGUGAUUUUAACAGUCGAACUGGUGCAGCUGAUGAUUUCAUUGACGCUGACCUACUGGGCGAUGCAUCAAGCCACUGUCCGGUCACUUUUUCUAUUGGUAUCCAUAAACGUAGUGUGUGUAACGCGUCAAGUACUGAGAGUACUGCUAGACAGGAUGUAAGUUUUGUGAAUGUGAAAUGGGAGGAUGAGAAGAGAAAAGAAGUUGUGAGAGUUUUAGAGAAUAAUAUUGAUGAUUUGCUGGAUAUUUGUGAUGCUGGCACUCAAGGAGCUGUACCACCGGGUUAUGACACAUACCGCAAAGGUCGCAGUGAUGGAUAUGGAGAAGUGCUUGUGUCAGUGAAAUCAUGUUACUACAGUACCCAAAUUGACACAGACCUCACGAGUGGGUCUGUGGCAGUUCAGAUCAGUGGCACAAACAACAUUCCAUUAGUUGCUGGGUCCUUCUGCCGCCAACCAAACAGGGACCCCGACCACACUCAGCAACUCUUUGAUGACAUCAGAGAUAUCAUUCGGUCCAGAAUUCAAACUAUCACCAUCUUCUCUUCAAACAUGUACUCUUACGCUUUUUGUGGCCUGGUACUGCUGCUGGCUGGUCAUGUUCGGUCAAAGGAUGAUCGAUGUCUGAGUGAUUUCGACUCCUUCGUUGACAAAGAGUGUCGGACCAUGUGGCAAUGCGUUUGGGGAAAAGCAAUCAAAAUGCCCGGGUGUUCCUCGGGGCUCAUCUACAGCAAACAGCACAAAGUGUGCGUGUAUAAAGACAGCGUGUAUGAUGACUGCGAAACCGACAUCAACACAUUUAAACCUGACAAGGUGUGUGAAGACAAGCCAUGUAAGAACGGUGCUACGUGUACGGGACUCGGGGACGGCAAGGGCUACUACUGUACCUGUCCACCAACCCACACUGGGACCACGUGCGAAACAGUUGUGACAAACUUGGACAUUGCCAACCUGUGUGCUCGCAACCCAGACCUGACGAUCCCCCACCCUACGGAGUGUCAGCUUUUCUACAACUGUAGCCACGCCUACAACACCGUCCCCCGUUUCUUUGAACAACACAUGCAAGAAUGUCCCUAUCCUAAGCUCUUCUCAGUCGAAACGAAGACAUGUGAAGCUUUUGAUGACGUGCAGUGUACAUACCGGAAGGAACAGAAAUCUGGAUGUGAUUACCGCCAGAACAAGUGUCCCGUGGCCCACUGCAUACCGUGUUACAUCAUGUUCCCGAGCUGUGAGUCGUUGGAGGACGGAAUGUAUCCCCAUUCGACCCGUGCUGGCACCCCCUGGUACAUGGUAUGUAAAAAAGGACGCACAAUCAAAACAGGGCUAUGUCCCAUCGAUCAAACGAACCGGAAGCAACUGUUCGUUACCAACGGAAGUUGUAGUGCAUACAGCUUAUAAGUUGCGGAAGUGAUGUACAAUGUUUUUUGUGCAGGUAGGAAGGACUCGAAACGCAACCCAUACAACAAAGCAACAUCGACAAUUAGUUGCUGUAAUGAAGAGACUAUUUUGUGAUGCACGUUUUUUCUCCGUUCAUUAUUUAUUAUUUCACACUGUUUUUAAAAUAAAGGAGAAUUUUCUAAC